AACAAAAUCAAAUCCAAAGUCAAGGCCAAAAACAAAAUCAUAGAUUAAGGAUUGGGUCAUGGAACAUAGGAACAUUAACAGGCAAAGCUAUGGAAGUGGUGGAUGUGAUGAUUAGGAGAAAAAUUAAUAUUAUGUGCCUUCAAGAGAUGAGAUGGGUAGGGAAAAAAGCAAAAACUUUAUCAGAAGCUGGAUAUAAAAUAUGGUACACAGGAACUGAUCGAGCGAAAAAUGGAGUGGGGAUUAUUAUGGAUAAAAGCUUAAUAGAUGAGGUAGUGGAUGUAAAGAGAAUAGGAGAUAGAAUUAUUAUGGUGAAGAUUAGUCUAGGAAGAAUGACUAUGAAUAUCUUUAGUACAUAUGCACCACAAGCGAGGUUAGGUGAUGAGAUAAAAGCAAAAUUCUGGGAGGACCUAGAGGGACUCAUACAAAUGAUACCAAGAGGAGAGAAAGUGAUUAUAAGAGGUGACUUAAAUGGUCACGUGGGUAGAGACGGAAACGGCUAUAGAGAGGUACAUGGAGGGUAUGGAUUCGGGGAAAUUAAUAAUGAGGGUAAGUCUAUUCUAGAUUUUGCAAUGGCAUAUGGGCUCAUCAUAACCAAUACUAGGUUCAAAAACCGGGACGAACACUUAAUCACAUAUAAAAAUGUCACAUCAAGCACCCAAAUAGAUUACUUCCUCAUGAGACAAGAGGACCGGGUAUGUUGUAGGGAUUGUAAGGUAAUACCAGGAGAGUGUUUGACUACUCAACAUAGACUUCUAGUACUUGACGUCCAAGUAAGAAAUUGGAAGAGAAAAAAUCACAUAAAACAAAAUCCAAGAAUCAGGUGGUGGAAUUUAAAAGGGGAGAAACAACUAAUCUUCAAAGAAAAAUUAAGGGGUAGAAGAGAAUGGAAUAGAGAAGGACAAACAAACCAAAUGUGGAGAGAAAUGGCCAAUGCCCUGAGAAACACAGCAAAGGUAGUGCUUAGAGAGACAAAUGGUAGAGCUCCUAACCUUAAGGAGUCUUGGUGGUGGAAUGAAGAAGUGCAAUUGAAAAUUAAAAAUAAGAAAAAUUGCUAUAAGGCUGUAUAUCAGUGCAACAAUGAAGAAAAUCAAAAAAAUUAUAAAGAAUAA